AUGUCGGUUGCACCGAGUACAUUGGAUAUUAAUGAACUCUUCGAUGUGAGCUCUCAGGUCGAAGCUGAGGACUCUACGAUAGAAGUACCAAAUGGCGAGUUGCCCAGGAAAAAGCAAAAAGGGAACGGACAAAUCAAAGACAUAAAAGAUGUGGAGAUACCUCCACUUCCUGAAGUGGCAAGACAAGAUCUUAUCGCCCGUAACUAUCAAAUUGAGCUUUUUGAAAAGGCAAAGAAAGACAAUGUCAUUGCAGUUUUAGAUACCGGUAGUGGAAAAACCUUUAUUGCUGUAAUGCUCAUAAAAGAAAUAGCUGCGGAGGAACGAUUAUUAAGAAUGCAACGAAGAGAGACCAAGCUCACAUUCUUUCUGGUGAAUCUCGUUCCUUUGGUGUUCCAACAAGCCAACGUGAUCAAAGCAAAUUGUGAUCUUAAGGUCAAACAUUUUUGUGGCGAAAUGGGUGUCGAUCUUUGGAGCGAAAAAGAAUGGCGGAACAAUUUUGAAAAUUAUGAUGUGCUUGUCAUGACCGCACAGAUAUUUUUAAAUAUUUUGCGCCAUGGAUUUAUCUCACUGUCACAGGUCAAUUUGUUAGUAUUUGAUGAAUGCCAUCAUACUUCAAAGAAACAUCCUUACAAUUUGAUUAUGAGAGAAUUUUAUGACAGAUGUCCUGAGGAAAGCAAACCAAAAAUAUUUGGUAUGACGGCUUCUCCUGUAAAUACUCGUAGUGCCCUCCAUGCUGCUAGGUAUUCAGAAUUUAUUGCAGGCACUUAUAUCGCAUUGUUGGUGAAUCAGCCAGGAUCGCCCCGAAAGUUCGGCCAUCUGGAGCAUAACUUGAAUGCCAGAGUAUUUACAGCAAGCGAUACAGAUGAGGUUUGCAAAUUUGUAAGUAGACCUGACGAGAUUGCUAUAAAAUACGAUACACCUCCUAGAUAUCCUUCUACUGAGCUUUACAAAAAACUCCGGGAAGAAUACCUUAAUGUCGAAAAGUUCAAUCGAGCAUUAACAAGCGCACAACAAGCGCUUCAAGCUCUUGGUCCGUGGUGCUCCGAUCGUGUUUGGAAAUAUAUUUUGGAUGAAAUGCGUGAGAAGUGUGAAGGUAAAUUAAGUCCAGAACUUUGUGCAGAAUCGCAAGAAGAGGAACGUCUUGUGCGAAAAGCUAUGGAUAUCGUCAAUGAUUGGAACUUUCAAUCUCCAAAACGUGAACAAGAGGUUUUAUCACCAAAAGUAAUCCAAUUAAUUAAUAUCCUAAAGUGCUUUAAAAAUCAAACUGAUAAUUUUUGUGGAAUUGUUUUUGUUGAACGUCGACAUACAGCCAAUGUUCUUCAUCUUUUAAUAAAAGAGAUUGAGGAGCUCUACUUUAUUAAACCUGGUGUACUUGUGGGCCACGGUUCUCACGAGGAAGGUGAUCUACAAAUGAAAUUCAAAGAACAAAACAAAACUAUUAGUGCGUUCCGUGAUGGUAGAAUUAAUUUACUGAUCGCCACAAAUGUAGCUGAAGAAGGGUUGGAUAUUCAACCUUGUAAUGUUGUCAUCCGCUUUGAUUUUUUCAAUACAUUAAGAGCCUAUAUACAGUCUCGAGGCAGAGCUCGACGCAAAGAUUCUAAAUACAUUGUUAUGAUUGAGAAUAAUAACUUUAAAGAAUAUGGCAUACUCAGAGAGAUGAAACAAGCAGAAAAGGAUAUGAAAGAUUGGUGCCAAAUGCUACCAGAAGACCGCAAAUUGCCAGAUUUCAACAUAGAGCGAGAAAAUGGUGGUGGGUUCACAUGUAAUUUGUCAUUACCAAACAAUGCACCUAUACGUCUUGUAUCAAGUGAAGUUUCUCCUAGUCGAAGUAAUGCUAAGAAAGCAGCGGCUUUUAAGGCAUGUUUACAAUUGUAUGAGAAAAAAGCAUUGAAUGACCAUCUAUUGCCUGAGAUAGAAUGGAUCGAAGAAGACCAUGAAAUGACUAAACCAGUUAAGGAUGAAUUUGGCUUAGUAGAAGGCGCACGAAAAUCAAAAAGAGAAUAUCACCUCAAAAAUCCAGACUUAUGGAACAAUGAUGAAGACAUGCCAUCAAUUCCAGAUAAAAUUUAUGUUACCGUUUUGAAAUUAGAAUUAGAAGACGAAAAAUAUGAUGGGCAAUAUUAUCGUACCAUGUGUUUAUUAACCCGUAAACAACUUCCGGAAGUUCCACUGAUUACUUUAUAUUUUCAUGGUGUAGCUAAAGUAUUGAAUGUACUUCCAUAUUCCGUCCCAAUUAGUAUUGAGUCAGAAGACUUGGAAAUAAUUUUCAAGUUCACAUUACGUACAUUUACAUCCAUUACUAACAAAGAAUUUGUAUGUGAAUUUGAGAAAUUCACUUACCUUGUUGCACCACUUGUUCGUAAUGCACCAAUUAACGAGAAUUUUUUUGAUUAUAUUGAUUGGGAAGGAAUGAGAAGAGCGGUCACCGAAAAACACCUACCAAUUGAUCUAGAUAACAUUUCUGAUUUAGAAGAUGCCGUUAUAAUUGACUAUUCUGAUAAUUUACGGCGAUAUUUUGUUCAAACAAUUUGUUAUGACCUAAAUCCUUUAUCACCCAUACCGGAUGGCAUGGCUAUUAGAGAAGUCGGGUGUCAAAAUUUUGCUGAAUUUUACAAGAAACAUUUUGACCUAGAAUUAAAACACGCUGAACAACCAUUGCUUCAUGUACGUAAAAUCUCAAAGGUUAUGAAUUUUUUGCAGCCUGUCCCUGGUUCUUUACCAAUUCAGAAAGGUCGAACAGCUACAUACGUGAUACCGGAGUUCUGUAAACAAUACUCUAUUCGAGCAUCUGUUUUUCGAUCUGCUCUCAUGCUACCUGCUAUUUUUACAAGGUUAGAUUCGCAACUUUUGGCUUUAGAGCUAAGAACACGAUUUGACAUACCUAUAAGAGACGACUUGCUUUUAGAAGCAAUAACUACGCCAUCAGCUAAUAUGGAAAUGAAUUACGAACGCCUCGAGACGUUAGGCGAUUCAUUCUUAAAAUUUUGCGUUACAAACAGAUUGUACGUUAUGUUUCCUGAUAAGCACGAGGGCCAACUGCACUGUCAACGUAUUCGAAUCAUUUGUAAUAGACAACUUUAUCGUGGAGCUAGAAAAUUGCAACUUUACGAAUAUAUUACAUCAUCACCAUUUAAUCGCAGAGCAUGGCGGCCCGCAAACAUGUUAGCCAAUAUUGAUGAUGCCGAUAUGCUUGAGCAAAAGAAAGUUCAUGAAUUAGCGGAUAAAACUCUUGCCGAUGUAGUCGAAGCAAUGUUAGGAGCUGCCUACAUGAGCGGACAAGUUGAUGCAGCCCUCAAAUGUGCUAUAGCCUUGGAAAUUCAAAUGGAAGAUAUUACUAAAUGGAAUGACUUCCAUGCUAACAAUAAAAAUCGACCUCGCGUUAAUGCGAAAGCGCUUGAGCGAGUAAAUGUUGAAAGGAUUGAAGAAAUAUGUGGACAUAAUUUCAAAAACAAAACCUUGAUCGUUGAGGCCUUAACUCACGCGAGUCUUCCAAAUUCUGCAACACCUUGCUAUCAACGUCUUGAAUUUCUAGGUGAUGCAGUAUUGGAUUUUAUGGUAGUGAAGUAUUUAUUCGAGAAAUAUCCUGAUGGAGAACCUGGGAUAAUGACUGAUCUAAAAGAUGCGGCUGUUAACAACCAAGUUCUUGGUGCAAUUUGUGAACGAAUCAAUCUUCAUAAGCACAUAAUUCAUUUUUCCAGUAAAUUAACAGGUGGAAUAACGGAAUUCGUUAAUGCUGUGAACGAACUAAGAGAAAAAAACGAAGCAGUUGGAGAAUAUUGGAGUGAAUUAGAUGUUCCCAAAGUGAUGAGCGAUGUUGUGGAAAGCAUGAUGGGGGCCAUUUUUGUUGAUUCUGAAUUUGAUCCUGCCGCACUACAGGAUGUGUUUGAUAAAUGGAUAAAGCCUAUCUUAACUGUGCAUGUCACCCCAGAAACCUUAAAAGUUCAUCCAGUGAAAAAAUUAACUGAAUACAUGCAAAAAGAAGGAUGUUUUGAGUUAUUAUUGAGAAAUCAUACAUCGGAAGAAUCGGAUACCCAGAAAUGUACUAUAUUCAUUCAUGAAACGGCAGUUGCACAUGCAAGCUCGACCAAUAUUAGGUCAGCAAGAAAGUUGGCAGCCCAGGAGAUCUUAGAUAAAAUUGAUAAUGAUCCAAAAUUCCUUGAAAAAAUUUGCACUUGUAGUACUCUUACAAGAUCUGAUUCGUUAUUCAAUGACGAUGAAGACGAAGUAUUAUUAUAUUGA